CGAGCGCGAAACAGACGACAGGACAACGAGCAAUUCAACGGAAAAACGUUAUCUUUGUCAAUGUUCGCUUUCGCUAUGUAAACGUUAUUUUUUUAUUUUUAAUACAACAUGCUCGUGAUGAAAUAAUCUAUUCUAUGUAUCGUAUCAAUUAUAACGAUUUAUUCGCCGAGUUUAUUAAUUAACAUCGUGAUGCUUUAGGGGAAAAAAGUACGUAAAAUUGCCAAAGCUUCGGUAAAAACUUGGCAUCAUGAAAGUUAUAGAAAAUAUAAAAACCCAUUGUGUUGCUGAGUCAGAAUGUUUAUGGAAAGUGUUGGGUGCUGAACAAGAUGGCAAAUUUUUAAUAGCUCAAAUAUUCAAAAAUCAAAGCACAAGGAUUUGCGUUUAUUACAGAAACAGUCAUACUUUUCAAACGCUGUACACUGUGAAAGAAAAGCUGAAUUUAAUUCAAGCAUCGGUCAACAGCAGCAAUGAUAUUCUAGUCUACAUUAGCAAAACUAAACAAAGUAAUUCGAACAAUGAAUCGCAGCCAGAUUCCCUUUCUCGAUCUUCCAGUCAUGUUUAUAAAGUUCACGGAAUCGAUUUACGAGAUCAGUGCUUGUUAACAAGCAUGGAAAACACUUCUGCUAAACAGAUCAUGGUACAGUUUUUAUACCGCAAGAAACGUAACAAUUGCGAUAGAUUAUUGGUGUUUGCGCAUCUUCAAUCUAUUUCUUUGUACGAAAUAACCCGCAACGAAGGAAGAAAAACCGAAGUCAAAUUGCACGAAGUAAUACUGAAUUCAUUUUCGUGGUGUCAGUGGAAUGCGGAACAUCAGUGCUUAUUUUAUAUAAAUUAUAGAAAGUCUUCGGUCAAACAAGACGAUGAAACACCUGCCGAAUUUGUUACUGUUCCUACCUUAUCGGCGUUUCAGUUCCAUGAUGAUAUGCCCCAUGAAACAGUGUUGAACAUUCCAUUAAAUUUACCAGAAAUUAAACGAGUCAAUUCUUCCGAUGCGCAGACAAAUGUUUAUAACGACGUUCCUAUCCCUCUGCGAGUUCAUGAUUUCUCUCAAAAUAUUUUUGUAUUGAUGCAGUCGACUGGGAUUGUGUAUAUUUGCCAUUAUUAUUUUUUCCAACCAGUUGUUGAUCCUGCAAGCUCGACAUCAACGAGUACCAAUACGGAUGUUCAUUUCGCAUAUUCGAUUACUGUACUUCAUCAUGGUAGCAUAGUUCACUGUACCGUACCUGGAAUUCCAUGGGAUAAAGUUGGCUCAAUGAAUCCAGUAUUUUGCAUGUAUGAUGAUCAACACUUACUGGUCUACGCAGCGGAUUUAUUCACUCAUGUCUUGGAUUUGGGAAUCGCUCACGAGCCUUGCUGCCAUUUUAUUAUGGAUAGUCCUUCCAUAACAAAUUCGUUUUUAAAUCUAGUACCUGUACCUGGCACACUUUCGGAAGUUUUGGAUCUUAAAACAUUGGAAAUUCUCAAGUUAUCUAUACCAAAAAGAAAAUUAAUCGAGUCCUUUAAUUACAAGCACGCGUCGUUAAAUAAUAAAUUAUCUAUAUUGCAUUUCAUUCUGGUCCAUUUGAAUGACACGGAGUUUAUAAAUGAAUUGGUUUCUGUGAUUGCGGAAAAAUUAACCGAUAUAAAUAGUUCGAAACUUCUGAAAGAAAUUCUAGUCGGAGCUUGUUACGCUUCAGUGAGCAAGCAUAUAUCAAAUGAUGCAUCUGAUCUCUUAAGGUUAUUACCAAUGACCACGAUUCAUUCAGGAUCUCUGAUCGAUGAAAGGGUGAACAAUUACACCUUAACCCUGGAACAAGAAAUGUUAUGUAACCCUUCUGUAAUGCUAUUGACACCGAGACAACGCCUGAUUCCAUUUAGAAGCGAUAUUUGGACUAAACUGUGGAAUCAUUUACCUGCCCAUAUUUUAACCCAUUCGCAGACAUCUAGAUUUAAAAAUAGCACCGUUGUUGAGAAAUUAUCGGUUUCUCUGAUUUGUUACCAGCCGGAAGCUCUAUCGCGAUGUUGUACUCCUCUUUCACCUGGGGCACCUCAUAUGGCUUCCACUGGUAUGCUGGCAGAUGUGGCGAAUAUAUCUCGUUCCAAUAAAUCUGGUAUAGAUCCUUUGCCUUUUAAUGAAAUAGAAGCUUCGGCUGCGAGUAAACAAGAACACGUUAUAUCAGUGAACUUGAGAGAAAUCAGCCUGCAUUUAGUGAAACUCGGCAAAAGCCCUAUGCAAGUGCAUGCAGUUGCGAUGAGAUACGUAUCGUCUCAAUUGGAGGUUUCCAGGAUUUUAUGCUCUUUUUUAACCCAAUCUGUUGGAAUCGAUACGAAACGAACGGAGAGAGGAUUUUCUCUAGUGGACCGAUUACAGAAGCACAAAAAACGCGCGUUAUUCGCCCUGUUUGAACGAUACUACUUCGCCGUCGACUCAUUGGCGUUCCCUUUACCUCAAGGAUUCUCUUCUUUUUUCACAUAUCUCGGUUAUAGAGUGUUUUCUACUCCUAGAUUUAUCGAUUACGUUCGAGCGAAUGUGUUUCAAGUGAACAUUGACGUUAUGAAAGCGAUCAUGGCAGAUUUACCCGAUCGAGGAGAAGGGUUGAGGAAUAAACUGAACUUACUGAUGCAGUUACCAAGAUCACGUGUCAAGCGUAUUAUGAAUCAGUGGUCUCAUCCGGUCAGUUUGAUGAUCAGAGCGAGGGAACAUUCUUUGAAUAUUUUAUCCGGCAUAUCUGGAGUUCAGUCUCGUACCACUGUUUUACCGAAGGGCAUUCGCCAUGGAGCUGGGUUAACGGCAUUUCCAUCGAAUGAACGAUUAUCUCCGUUGGAUACAUUUCUUGAUUUAUUAACCGCCAAAGCAAGCUUGACCGAAAUUGAUUUUAGUUUAUUGAUAGAAGCGACUGUAACAUCGACGGAAAAUUUUUUGGAAGAAUAAUUACCAUCAUUCGACGUCCACUCGGUCCACUUGUGCAUUUAUUCUCUUAUUACAUUUCAUUUAUGGUGUUUUUCGUAUCAUAUUUUUAUCAUAUUUCAAAUAAAUUGUUCAAUGCAUUUCAUUUUUGAUAA